ACUUCAAAGUUAUCCCAGCUCUAAACGCUUUCACUCGUGUGAAGACGUCUAAAGCAGCAGGUGGGAGAAUGGCAGCAUAGGAGCCUCUACACAAACUUACAGAACAAACACAAACAUGGCCUUGGAACAGCCACAUGGGAUCUUUGGAAAGGUCACUACUGUAUUUGCAACAAAGCUUAAGUCAUUUUCCUUUGUGCCGCUUCUGAAAAGAUUGCCUGUUGAGAACCGAGCUAUACCAACCUGGACAAAGGUACUCCAGAGCAGCAAACCAAAGAUUUCACAAGAGCCAGGGGAUUCCGAAUUAAGCAAGACUGAUACAAGCAUCUACAAAACUAAUGUUUACAACCAAGACCAUGAGGAGGAAGAGCUUGGAGAAACGUUUAAGAUGGCGAUUCAAAGUGAGAUACAGCCAACUGACUCUUUACAACCUAACUCACCCACCAAGCUAGCUGGGCCUUAUGUUGAAUCUGAUAGCAUAACUCCUAAGCCUAGCCCUGUCCCCAUGGAAACCAUUGAUAACAAAUACCAUGGGAUUUCUCAUCUAAGCUUUCAUAACACUUCGAUGGGUGCUGAGUUCAGGCCUGGUCUGGUUUUAAAUAGCCCAUCCCAAAGAGAGGAGGUGCUUAGCCCUGUCAGCUCUGUUGACUUAUUCACCUCCCCUGCUUCCUCUAAGGAGUCUAUUCUCUCUGAGGGCUGGGACAAAGAGAGGAGUUGGUCAGCACUUCACAUGUUGUCAGGUGAUGCUUCUCCUGCCCUACUAAGUCGAACUCUCUCCCCAUGUUCUUCUGUAAGAUCAGGGGCCUUCACACCCUCAGUGAUGAGAAUUAAGCGGCAUGCCUUGGCUCCGGGUUCCAGCUUGCUGCAGAUGUCAUCCACUUGUGGAACACCCUCUUGUGACAGUCGAACAACCUCACCUUGUCCAUUGUCGCCCCGAGCCAGACACAGGCCCCCACCAACCCAACUCUCCCUGCUGACAGCCAUCCUCCGGAAAGGUCGCCUGCCUGUCCUGUCCUCUGCUUUUCAGAGACCCUACACGCCCUGCUGGCCUAUCUCUUCAUUUAGCAUGUCAUCCUGUUUAGCAUGUUCAGCUGCUUCUGCUGUUGCACCCAUAAAUGUGUCCAAAGCAAAGACUUGUUCCUCUGUAGAUAGACCCUGCAGAGAGUCUUGCCAGAAUCUGCCUGACCACAGUUCUCUGACAAUAACAUCAUUAGCCAGUGCACCUGACAAAGAGCCGCCAAAAUCACUAGAAAGACUUAUCUCUUGCCGACAUGUUGCUGGGAAUAGUAGCAUUGCCUUACCUACAGAAUGCAGUCAUUUGACUUCAAGAAAACCAGGACACAAGGACAAUUGUUUACCUACAGUUCCUGGCCCUCUCUCUUGUACCUCCUUUUCCCACACGAGGUCUUUGUCUCCUAAAUCGAACACUUUGCCCUGUUACAGCUCUGACCAGCCUCCAUUAAUGUCAUGGGAUCGCAUUGCUUCUGUGGAUCCUAAUAAGUCUUUGGCCUCAUCCAUUUUUAGUGAUGACCUAAAAUCACACACUUUGUCUGAAAAAGAUUUUUUAACACUAAACCAGGGACAGCAGUCAUCUGAUCUCUCUGCUGAGCUAUCUCUAAAAGACAAAGGAAGUUCAUCUGACCAUUUUGUCAGCUACUCAUCAAAACCGGCUCGUAGUUCAUUUGAAACUUCCUUCUUUCCAACUCCGAAAUCACGCGAAUCACACGAUAACUCUUCACCCUUGGAUUUAAGAAACACAACGAACAAAUCAGAUACCCUCCACCAAAAUGGCUGCAAAAGUGAUGUUGAAAGAGUAUGCCUGUCAUCCCCAGCAUUUAGACUGUCUCCCUCUCCCAGACCUGUAGGUCUCACCUGUCUGUCCUAUACCCCGUCAACCUCUCCUGCUUAUCCCUCUGCCCAACUGUACUCCUCCACCCCUGAGCGCUGCACACGUUCCCCAGCAGUCCCAAGCCGCACGCUCUCUGCUUCACCCUCAUACUCUCUCUGUUCAUCACCCUCUCCUUCCUUAUGGAGUAGCACAUCAGACUGCACAGAUGGUAAAAAUAGAAAGAAAUACAAGAUCAAAUCCACUUAUAAGGCACUCGCCGCUAUUCCUACAAAUACGCUACUUCAGGAACAGCAGGCCAUAGAUGAUGAUGUCAACAAAAAUGAGGCUUCCUUCAGCCUAGCGAACAGCUAUGCGUGGGAGGACCCACAUUCAGAGAUGUGUUCUCCAGCACAGCUACGUCAGCAGUCUGCAGAAUUGUAUGCCACCAUUGACGAAGUUCUAGAAGACCCCAUUCAAGAACAUCAAUCGCACCAUGUGAAAAAAGCCACUGAGUGGUCUACGGCAGCAGAGGCACCUUGGACAUCAUCGCCAUCUCCAAAACCGUUGGGAAGGGAAACAAAAUAUGCAAAUCCUCAGCUUCAAACUUCUGCAUUUACUGCUAAAACUCUGACGAAGCCUGGAGUUAUUAAACCUGUCACUGUAACAUGCAGAUUAACUGACAAUAAGGAUGUUGAAGAAUUACACCCAAAUCCCUUCAUAAGCUCUCAAGGAAGCUUUCCCUCUCGGUACCAAUACAAGUUUGUCAGAAACACAGUCUUGGGUGCAGAUGGCAGAAGUUCAUCAGACCAGCAGUCAGAUGGCAGAGCGGGACCCUCUCCCGAAAGACAAGCAGACUCAAAGACAAUCCUUGCACCUCUGAUCACGGAGAGAAGGAGCUCCCCGAACAAUAUUCAGACAUCCAUCAACACCCUUGAGAGACAUUUGAAGUUUUAUAAAAACGUCUGAAGAAAUGAACCCAUGACCUCUGCACUGCUAGCACAAUGUUCUACCAACCAAGCUACAGGAACUUAAAUGAAAAAUGCCUAAAUCUCGAAAGACUUGUACAGAAGUCUUCUGAACCUGUGAGAUAGCUUUGUGUGAGAAACCAAAUUAAAUUUCAUGAAGGCUGAAACUGAGAAAUCCUCCACUUCACCAUAGCUCUCAGGAAUUCUAUUUUGCAGAUGUAAGGCAUUUUAAUAAGUUAUGAGAGACAUGCUAAUUAAGUGCCCCAUUAAACCUGUCACAAGACGUGCUGACACACCAUUUUUAAAUAUAGGUAAAUACACAUGAUUUCCAGGUAAUAAACUGAAGGUUUGUCUAGAUCAUAUCUAGAUUUCACCCUAAAAUCAAAUGCGCAAAAUAAGAAAUAUAAGCCAAUAUCAUUGCCACAAGACCACACGAGUGGUCCUCUGGGCUGUCAGAGGUGUCCCAUACACUAGUGUUUUCAAUAGUGUCUUGUGAAGAAAAGUAAAGUACCUAACUAUACAUCAAUAUAGCGAUUUUACUGCUUUAAAAAUAGAUUUUAACCGAACUGAAACAGUAUCUGUUGAGAUGUACUUUUGAAAUAAAUGAAAGAAAUGAGAGUGGGGGAAAAUGUGGAUGUAUUACAGUAAUGUAAUAUUUGGGGGCUGAUAUGUGAGAUUUACCCAAAAAGAACCAGUGAAAUACAUGUAUAAUGCUAUACAUGUACCGAAAAUCAGAAUGAGGAAGAAAGGGUAUUUAAGUGACUUUGAACGUGGCAGGGUUGUUGGUGCCAGAUGGGCUUGUCUGAGUAUUUCAAAAAUUGCUAAUCUACUGGGAUUUUCACGCACAACCAUUUCAAGGGUUUACUGGAAAAUAUCCAGUAAGUGGCAGUUGUGUGAAAAAAAUGCCUUGUUGAUGUCAGAGGAAAAUGGGCAGACUGAUUUGAGAUGAUAAAAGGCAAAAGUAACUCAAAUAACCAUACGUUACAACCAAGGUAGGCAAAAUAUAAUCUCUGAAUCCACAACACAUUGAACCUUGAAGCAAAUGGGCUACAUCAGCAGAAGACCACACUGGGUCCCACUACUGUCAGCUAAAAACACGAAAUUGAGGCUACAAUUGGCACUGGUUCACCAAAAUUUGGACUAUAGAAGAUUGAAAAAAAAAUGUUGCCUGGUCUAAUGAGUCUCGAUUUUAGCUGCGCCAUUCAGAUAUUAGAGCCAGAAAUUGCCAUAAACAAAAUGAAAGCAAGGAUCCAUCCUGCAAUGUAUCAACGGUUCAGACUGGUGGGGGUCUUCUAAUGGUGUGGGGGAUAUUUUCUUGGCACACUUUGGGUCCCUUAUGGUGCUUUUCCAUGCAUAAUACCCCACAGGUUGGGUCAGGUCUGGUCAGCUCACAUCACUUUGGCUUGGUUAGCUUUUCCUUUGAUUUUAGUAACACUUUCGGAGUGGGAGAGAUUAUAGGCGUGACGUUAUAUUUGCGCUGCCUACUGCUGUGACAUCAUAGAAGUGAGAGCGUCAAUGUACAUUCCCAUACAUUUAUUUUUUUUCUCAGUUCACCACAAAAUUAAAAUUGACCACCACAAAUAGAUGUUUGCAAAUCGCCUUUAUCACUACCUCUGAUUCACAUAAGUUUCUGUACAAACACUGGUGGCUUCAGUCGACACGCUCCGCAGAGCCUCAUUUAAGUUGCAUUUAAGCAAAUAUGCGGACUUGCGCAUCGCGAAUGUGCUGCCACAAACUGCAAGUCUGGAAAAAACUGUUAUGGUGUUUGUGAUUCUCAACCUGUGGAUGUUUUUCAUUGCUAAAAGGGAGUUGUGGAAUUUACAGCAAAGCACAAAUGACAAUAGUUUUACUCGAGACAGCGUAAGCUAGAAUAAAGGUAAAACUAAUCUUUUACAUUAUCGCGAUGAUGCUGGUAGUGAUGAUUCUCUCAGAUCAAUCAGUGUUUUUUGUGUCACGUUUUGGUAUCAGCUCGGGUCGCUUGAAACCCCAAACGAGGUGGUACUACAAAAAGUAUUGUGUACUACGUACUGCACCCAGUGGAAAAGCCCUCAAAAGUAAGUUUACCCGACCCAAACCAAACCGUGGGGUACUAUACAAUGGAAAAGCACCAUGAGGACCAACUGAGCAUUGUUGAAAUGCCACGGUCAGUGCAGGUUGAUGUAAGUUUUUGAAUAAUGGACUUUGCAUGUAACGUAAUCAUGACAAAAAUAUGAUGUAUUGGGGUUGAUAGGAUGCACGAGUGUUGCUGCGAUUAUGCACAAAGGGAACUUCUGGUCUGUGUUUUUUAUCAGUCUGGCUAGUGAGUAAACUUGAAAAAAGUUUUGGUUUCCUAAAGACGAGGAGACAGUGAGCAUAGAUCACUGCUGUGUGGAUUUGGCAACCAGGCAAGAAUGUAAGGACCUGUAGCCAACAUUGUAUACAUUUAUUUUACACAGUAACGUUAGCUCAGUGUAAUGGUUGAUACGCUUUAGCUAUGAUUUGAAGAAGGUCAUUUACUUUAUAUUUUUUUCUUGUUCUCUAAAGGGACUCUGAUGUUAUUGUUUCUUUGAGGAAGUUUUCCGAAGGUUACGUUUGGGAAGUUACUGUAUAUAAAGAAAUUUACAAAAAGGCAUAACAUUGAUCUUUUCACCUCCUUAUUGAGGGAUAAUGAAGAAUUUAAUCCUAGAACCUUCUCCAAAUGUACCUUCAAAACACAAACUGUAUUAGGGCAAAAUUGCUUGGUCAUAUUUUAUUCAAAUAAAAAACAGUCAUGUCUGA